AUGGCGAAAAUCGAGAAUUGGCCCCCUGCAUCUUAUUGGCAUAAAUGUUGCUCUGAACUCAUUGCGAUGGUCCGAACGUUAGGGGCACCUACGUGGUUUAUGACGUUUUCUUGUAAUGACCUUAACUGGCGAGAUAUGAUAAAUGCAUUACUAAUCGCAGAUGGUCGUAACACAAAUGAAGCAGAAAGCCUGUCAUUUCCUGAUCGUUUGGCGUUGGUACAAAAACAUCCUGUAGAUGUCUCUCGACAAUUUACGAUUCGCGUCAAUGCUCUCAUGCGAUUUCUUAAAAGCAAUCCAGAUGUCUUAGGAGGUCCAGUAGUAGACUUUUGGUAUAGGAUCGAAUUCCAAAAUCGAGGAAGCCCACAUCUUCAUAUGUUGGUAUGGUGUCACAAUGUUCCAGAUUUCUCUACUCGAGAGGGUGUCGAGGUUAUUGAAAGGGUUGUUUCAUGUUCGCUAAUAGACAAUAAUUCCUACAUUGCAGAAAUUAGUAGAGGCUGUGCAAAUACACAAACACAUUAA